AUGGAUUUUCUCUUUAAUCCAACUCCGGAGCACAAGAUGCUGCGUGAGACAAUUUCUCGUUUUGUGACGGAACGUGUUGAACCACAGGCGCGGCAGAGUGAUAUUGAUAUGCACUUCAACACAGAUCUUAUUCGUGAACUCGGUGAACUCGGUGUGUUGGGUAUCACCGUACCUGAAGAGGAUGGUGGUGCUGGUAUGGAUACAACUGCUGCGGUAAUUGUACACCACGAGUUAUCUAAAUCUGAUCCCGGUUUUUGUUUAGCCUACUUGGCUCAUUCUAUGUUGUUUGUAAAUAACUUUUACAACUCCGCUACAAAGGCACAACGAGAGAAAUGGUUACCAAAAGUAUUAACCGGUGAACAUAUUGGAGCUAUGGGUAUGUCAGAACCUGGUGCUGGUACAGAUGUGCUGGGUAUGUCCACUAAUGCUAUCAAGGUAGGAGAUGGGAAAUUUAUAUUAAAUGGAUCGAAGAUAUGGAUAACAAAUGGUACAGUAGCAGAUCUCAUACUUGUGUAUGCAAAGGUAGAUGGUAAAAUUACUGCUUUUGUGGUGGAAAAGGGAAUGAAAGGAUUUCAGGUGGGUGCUAAAAUUGACAAGUGUGGUAUGCGUGGUUCACAUAUGUGUCAAAUAUUCUUUGAUAAUGUUGAACUUCAUGAAGAGAAUGUAUUAGGGGGUGAGGGAAAAGGUGUAGUAGGAAUGAUGCGCAAUCUUGAAAUUGAACGUCUGACACUGGCUGCAAUGUCUGUUGGUAUUGCAGAUCGUUGUGUGGAAUUAAUGACACGUUAUGCAAAUGAACGUAAAGCGUUUGGUCAACCUAUAUGGCAUUAUGGACAGAUUCAACGAUAUAUAGCGGAAAGUUAUGCAGAGACAGAAGCGGCAAAAACAUUAACGUACAGUGUAAGCCGCACUGUUUGUGUAGAUACAAAAAAUCGUCUUGGUAGUGAUGCGGCGAAGUUAUUUGCUGCGCCUGUUGCCAAAAGAGUGGCGGAUAAUGCUAUGCAGGUGUUGGGUGGAAUGGGAUAUUCACGCGAUAUGCCGGCGGAGCGGUUGUGGCGUGAUGCGAAACUGUUGGAAAUUGGCGGAGGUACACUGGAGGCACAUCAUAAAAACAUUGCGAAGGACCUCAUAAAGGAACUGUGA